UACUGCCAAGAGUCUGUAGGUGUUUAGGGACCUCAUUAAGGUUUGGAAGCUCUGGAUUCUCUCUGCUCCUUUGCGGCCUGGCCCUCGGUUGGGCCAGGCCCUCAACGUGCCACUGUCAGCACUUUCCAGAUGAGUACUAUGCAUGGGGAGGGGCCAGGCCUGGGGCCCCCUGAAGGCUGUGUCAUCCCUGGCUCUAGCCACAGAGGCUUCAUCACAGGGGGAAGCUGAGCUGUGAGCAUGUUGCUAGGCUGUGGCUAUUUAUUUUUAUAAAUGAGGCUUGUGCUUAAUUUAGAAAUCUGCUUUUGCUUUUUCUUUCCUUUGUUCCAGCAUCAUCUGGUUGUCUGGCACCAGCAAAGAAUUGCAUUUCUGACCCAAUAAGAGCUCAUGGGUGAAUGGGGGCAGGAAAGAGGUCGGGGAGAGGACUGAUGCCAGCCAGGCGGCCUCCCGGGGAGGUGGAGACAUGUGGCCAUGCCAUUAGCAUCCUGUUCGGCUUUCGGAUGAGUUUCAUCAAUGACACGUACAUAGUCCUCACUUGGAACAAGAGGAUUGAAAGAGGCCCUGGAGCUAGCUCCUCUUCUCAUUAACCACACCUCAGCAUAGAGCGGAACAGAAGGCAAAGCUGCACAAAAGAGGACCACAGUCAGGUGCCAGAAGCAGGUGACAUCCAGACUCUCAGUUCAUUGGAUGCAGCUAUUUUAAUAGAGCCACUUUUUUUUGUGGCUAUUUAG